GACCGCGAAGGGCGACCCCGCCACGGCCGCAGCCUGGGCACGAACACCGUCCGCCUGGUCCAGGCCGCUUCCCACGAGGGUCAGCCCUGGGCAGGUCGCUGGUACGUGCAGCCCCUCACCUACCACCUGGAGGGCCAGCCCGAGGCCGAGCACCUCCUUCGAGCCACCGUGGUCUACCUGCCCAGCCUGCCACUGGCCCACGGUCGCCUCCUCUGUGCCCUGGAGCUGGCGGCCACCAGUGAGGCACCCGGGAUGCUGCUCGGCCCUGCCGCUCACCCCCGCCAUGGCUGGGCCGAAGCAGAUGUCACACCUUACCUGGUGCUGGGAAACGUCAGUGUGGGGAGUCUAGCACUGCGGCAUGUCUGUGUGCGUGCUGGCCGGGUCAGGGGCCAUGAUGCCCCAGUGGCCCCUAGCCACCCCUUCCUCCUCCUCUACCUCAACGACACCCAGGCUGGGCUGACACCUCCGGCAGCAGAGCCUCGCCGGCACCGGCGUGACACGAGGAUGCUGGCCCAUGACCUGCCUGGCUACCUGCGGGAGCAGGGAGGGGAGAAGAGCGAUUGCUCCCUGCGCCCCUUCCCCGUCAGCUUUGCCCAGCUGGGCUGGGACCACUGGAUCAUCGCUCCCCACCGCUACAACCCGCGCUACUGCAAGGGUACCUGUCCCCGUCUGCUCCGCUAUGACUACCACGCACCCAACCAUGCCGUAGUGCAGAGCUUUGUCCAUCAGCUGGUGGAUGCCAACGUGCCCCGGCCCUCCUGCGUCCCCUACCGCUACAGCCCCAUCAGCGUCCUCAUGAUCGAGCGUGACGGUGGCAUCCUCUACAAGGAGUACGAGAACAUGAUUGCAGAGUCCUGCACCUGCCGGUAA